UUUUUUUUCUUUUUUGAAUAAAUAGUUCCCUUCUCUCCUUUUUUUUUUCUUCUUCUUCCUUUUUACCUUUUUUUUUUUUUCUAUUUACUUUUUUCCUUUUUAUCUUUUUAAAAAUAAUACCAUGAGCAAGAACAAUCAACAACAAAAGACACCUUUACUUACUCACUUGGUUGCCGGUGGUGCUGCUGGUUUUAUGGAAGCCUGUACUUGUCAUCCUCUUGAUACCAUUAAAGUCAGAAUGCAACUUGCCAAGAAUAUUCAACGAAACGCUGCAGGCAAACGAUUAGGUUUCUUUGGUGUAGGUGUAAAAAUUGUCAAAAAUGAAUCCUUUUGGGCACUUUACAAAGGUCUUGGAGCUGUUGUAUCUGGUAUUGUACCCAAAAUGGCUAUUCGAUUUAGUUCCUUUGAAUUAUAUAAGGAAUGGUUAGCGGACGCAAAUGGAAAAGUGUCAACGACUGGUGUCUUUUUUGCUGGUCUUGCUGCUGGUACUACUGAAGCUGUGAUGGUUGUAUCCCCUAUGGAUCUUAUCAAGAUUCGUCUUCAAGCUCAACGACAUUCUAUGGCUGAUCCUAUGGAUGUACCAAAGUAUAGAAAUGCUCCUCAUGCUGCUUAUACUAUUGUUAAAGAAGAAGGUUUCCGUGCUUUGUAUAAGGGUGUCACUUUAACGGCUUUACGGCAAGCCACCAAUCAAGCUGCCAACUUUACUGCUUAUCAAGAAUUCAAAUCUUACGCAAAGAAAUUCCAAAAUUUGGAAGAAUUACCAUCUUAUCAACAUUUGAUCCUUGGUGGUGUUUCUGGUGCUAUGGGUCCUUUAUCUAAUGCUCCUAUUGAUACCAUCAAGACUCGUAUUCAAAAAUCAAGUGCUAAAGGUUCUGGAUGGGAACGAUUCCGUAUUGUCACUACUGAAAUCUAUGCUAAGGAAGGUAUCCGUGCUUUCUAUAAGGGUUUAACUCCUCGUGUGUUACGUGUAGCUCCUGGUCAAGCUGUUACUUUUAUGGUAUAUGAGAAGGUUAAGGCUUGGUUGGAUAUCUUUACUGGUAAAGUCAAUGCUGAAGUCACUCAAAUUGCCGCUCAAAAAUAGAAGAACAAGUCAUUCUCUUUUUUUUUUUAUAUAUAUACAUACACUACCUAGAUUUUUGCCCUACUCUUCCAACCUUCUUUUCUUUUCUUUUUUUUUUU